AUGACACCAGAAAAUUCCCACCCAGAAGAAUACAGGAUUGCAUCACUGGUCUUCUACAGCUUUGUGUUCACAGUGGGAUUGUUGGUGAAUGCCACUGCACUAUGGGUGUUCAGCUGCACUACCAAGAAGAGAACAACUAUAACUGUAUAUAUGAUGAAUGUCGCAUUACUUGACCUGUUUUUUAUAUUUUCCUUGCCUUUUCGGAUAAUCUACCACGGGACAGAAACGUGGACUUUUGGAGAUACAUUCUGCCGGAUCCUCGGCGCUUUCACUGUGUUUUAUCCAGCCAUUGCUCUGUGGCUGCUCGCUUUUAUCAGCGUAGACAGAUUUAUGGCUAUUGUCCAGCCGAAACAUGUCAAAGAACUAAAAAAUACAAAAAAAGCUGUGCUGGCUUGCACUGGAAUCUGGAUAAUGACCCUCUCAACAACAUCCCCAUUGGUGUUUUUAAGGUCUGAUCCAGAUCAAGCCUCAAAUUUCACCACCUGCAUGAAAAUGCUAGAUAUCAUCCAUUUGAAGGAAGUAAAUACACUGAAUUUUUGUCGCUUGAUUUUUUUCUUUUUGAUCCCCUUGCUUAUCAUGAUGGGGUGUUACCUAGUCAUUAUUUAUAAUUUUAUUCACGGCAAGACUUCCAAACUGAAGCCUAAGGCCAAGGAGAGAUCCAUAAGAAUUAUAGUUACUCUCAUUGCCCAGGUACUCAUCUGCUUUGUACCCUUCCACAUUUGCUUUGCCUUCCUGAUGUUGCAAGAUGAAAAUACAAGUUACAAUCCCUGGGCAGCCUUUACCACCUUUCUCAUGAAUCUUAGUACAUGCUUGGAUGUUAUACUGUACUACAUUGUUUCCAAACAAUUCCAGGCAAGAGUCAUCAGUGUAAUCCUUUAUCGCAAUUACCUUCGAAGCGUGCGCAGGAAAAGUUUUCGAACUGGAAGUGUAAGAUCACUCAAUAAUAUGAACAGUGAAAUGAUAUAAAAAGAGAAAAAACAUCAGGGGACUUUUACAAUGUAAACAAGGGAUUCUUUUUCCAAAUUCUAGCACUUGGCUGCACAGAAGGAUGUUCUAUAACCAAAGGUAACAUAUGUAUUUGUUGCAUUGUAAAUAUGACAGAAGCAGAAUAAUAAUUACACUUCUUUCUAUUUGCUCAACAUCGUUUGUUGUUGCACCUGAAAUGAACUAAAACCUAGCAUCAGUGUUAAACUUUCCAAUGCUUUUAUCACCUCAAA